CUCUGACAGACAUGCACCGCCGAGUUGAGUGACGGGUGCAGCGUGACAGUCAUAAUUGUUCCCUCUGCGGUAUUCACAAAAAGGAAACAAAGUUGCCACGUGUCAAGCAGCGCCUUCUACACGAUAAAAAUUUAAAAAAAGCCACUACUGAAACAUUUCUCCCUCUCUUCCUCCAAAUGUCGUUGUCAAAACUCUCCUCCUCCGGCGACAUUCCUCCUCCUCCUCCGCCUCGGAAGCCGGCGACGGCCUACGACGUCGAGUUCCGCGCUAUUCCGGACGACGCUUGGUACAGCGUCCGCACUAUUCUCAAAGGAGAGAAAUUAAUAGUCAAAUACGACAAUUUUGGCGACGAACACGACAAUGUCUUCAAGGCGGAUGAUUUUAACUCGGUUGAAAAAAUAGACCAGUUCGAGAAACGGUUCAGACCGGUGUCGGCUCAGUUGCAGGACAAAGAGUGUACACGGCUGAAACCUGGCACUCUUGUUUGCGCUUCUCAUUCUUUCAAUGGCUCCGACGUCCUCUUCUACGACGCCGUUGUGGAUGAUGUGGUUAAGAAAGAUCACAGUUUUGAUAACGGAGAUGAACAAUGCAAGUGCACCUUUGUGGUUAUUUUGCAACAUGGUCCAGCUUCUGGGUGUUUGUCCAAUAAAAGAGUAGAGAAUGUAUGUGUUGUUCAGUCUAAUGCUCAGCUUGACUCUAGUAUAACUAUGUUUUCAAAGAUAGUCAGAGAGAAACUUGAAAAUCAAAUUGCUACUCUUUCUAAAAUUGAUUUGCUUUUGAACUCUAAAACUUUGCGUUGUGGUGAAAGUGUUGAUCGCAUGUCCGUGAAACAACCUGAAUCAACUUCUCUAGGAAAGUUUACAGACAAGGAAACAAAGCGUACUGUCCAACACCAGUCUCUGAGUAAUACUUCGCCUUCUGAAGAGAGGAUAUUUGACCAUGCCCAGAGAAUCAGAGAGGAAGUUGAUUUUGGAGGGAUUGGCAACCAAUAUAUUAUGUUGAUUGACAAUCUGGAUAAGAAUUUAUCGCCUUCAACAAUUAUGGAAUUCAUACACAGGACGACUUCAGUCAUAGUUCAAGCAUAUGUCUUCCCAAGUUUGUCAUCAGAAACAUACACGAAAGGAGCUGUUGUUUUGGACUGUAAGAAAAGUUUUCAGAAGUUAUAUGAAUUUUUGAAUAGUCCAGAUCACAUCAUCAUGUCCUGUAGAGGGAGGCCGUGGGUGAUCACUGCAAGGUUGUCCGGGCAUGAUUCAUAUUUGGUGCCCCUUGGGAACUUGAUGCCCAAUUAUCAGGACAAGCUAGAACAUAAGGAUUUAAAACUUGUUCAUUCCGGAUCAGAUGAAUACAAGUUGGCAAAGCAGCUGAAAGAUUUGUUUUUAGAGUUUGCCAAACAUCAAGAGAGAUUGCACAAGUCACUAGCUUUUGAGGAGAGAAAGAUCUUGCAGCCGUCCCUGGUAAUGUAGUUGCAAUUGAAAGACGUAAAGCUUGUUGGUAUGCGUCACACACGGCCGGUAUAGUUACAGCCAUCACUUUUGACAUUAGCAAAUCUACCACUCCCUUAUUAAUGUACAUCUAUUAGGAAGGGAUAUAUAUGAACGAAUUAACCUCUGAAAUUUGCAUAUUAUUACAAAAAGAUUACUGAAAAGAAAAAAUAGGUAGUGGCUCAUACAAACAUAAUCUAUAGGAAGUUUUGUUAGCAAGACGGCAUUGUCUGAUCGAUUAUGUUGUUUUUGAUGGUGCAACGACUGUAGUUCUUUGUACAUUGCGCCUCUCUCGGUAGGAAAUACAAUUCUCAGUUUCUGUAA